UGCAUGUGUACAGAUGCGCGUGAAACAGCCUGAGGCACUGAAGUAGAAAUCCCAGCUGUUGGCUCUGUUGUCUGCUGUGUAUCCCAUGACAACAUAGACCAGCUUCAAAAUUUUCACAAAAUUGUUCACCACCGUUCCGUGUAUACGUGGCUAAAGUUUUGUCCGACUAUUUACUCUGGUCGUUUGCAGUUAGUUAUUGAUUUCGUGAAAUUUGCUUGUCUACUUGUAACAAAAUGCCUCAUUCCGCCCAUGAUGUGCCUUUGGGUGUCGCAAUAAUUCGGAAAUUUGGAAGUUGUUUUUGCCCAAACUUUAGAGGAUCAAGACCGUUCAUAUACCGAACAUCUAUAUUGUUACUAACAUUCUUCACCUACACAGCAUAUCACAUGUCAAGAAAACCAAUCAGUGUUGUAAAGAAUGUUUUAAGUCAGAAUUGCAGUGGUUUAAUUCCUCCACCUGGAACACACAUUGAUGAUGACAACAAAGACUCUUGGUGUGAUUGGGCUCCAUUUGAUGGAAAAAAUUCACAGACCUUGCUAGGUACCCUGGAUUCGGCCUUCCUUUUUGCCUACGCAGCCGGCAUGUUUCUUAGUGGAUUCAUUGCUGAGCGAGUAAAUUUGCGCUAUUUCCUGGCGUUGGGCAUGCUCACGUCAGGUUUUUUCACCUACCUAUUCGGCGUAUCUUACUCGCAAGGUAUCCACUCGUUACCUUACUUCUUCAUAGUCCAGACGAUAGCUGGUUUUGCCCAAUCCACUGGAUGGCCCGGUGUAGUGACUGCAGUCGGUAACUGGUUUGGAAAGGGAAAAAGAGGUCUGAUUUUCGGCAUCUGGAACUCUCACACUUCGGUUGGUAACAUCUUGGGCUCCCUUAUCGCCGGCCACUUUGUCGAGAGCAAUUGGGGAAUGUCCUUCAUUAUUCCCGGCGCUAUCAUCGGCUUCAUGGGUUUCAUCAUCUUCCUGUUUUUGGUGACUGACCCGCGCUCAGUUGGGUGCCAUCCUCCUGAUCACCACGGAAAUCGGCAGGAAGAGAUUCGCAGUGGUUAUUCAAGCAUUGAAGAUGAAAGUAGCAGUCCCGGUCGCAACCGGAAUAUGCGUCUCUAUGCCAAUGGUUCCACCAGCUCGUCGGCCAGCUCGUCCAUCACUAUUGACCCCGAACGAGAAUCGUUGUUAACGCCGACUGACAACAGCGUGGAUUCCACCGAAGUUGGUACUCCCGAUAAAGUGCCUUCUGAAAUCACCAUUUCCAGCGCUGACAUCCUGGCAAAGGCGCCGGUCAGCCUCAACAAUCCCGACUUCCACCGGAGGGAGAAAGCUAUUGGAUUUAUUCAAGCUCUUCGCAUUCCGGGCGUGAUUGAAUUCUCCUUGUGCCUCUUCUUCGCCAAGCUCAUCAACUAUACCUUUCUUUUCUGGUUGCCACGGUACAUCAAUGCAUCCACAUCCUUCGAUGCCUCCGAGAGCGCAGAUUUAUCGACACUCUUCGACGUGGGUGGCAUUGUGGGCGGUAUCAUUGCCGGCGUAUUGAGCGACGUUACUGGCAUGAGUGCCGUAACAUGCGCCGUUAUGUUGGUCGUGGCUAUUCCCAUGCUCUUCAUCUACCAAACGUUUGGAACGAUAAGUCUGGCGUCCAAUAUUCUUCUUCUCAUGUCUGUCGGCUUGCUGGUGAAUGGUCCCUACGCCCUAAUCACAACGGCAGUCUCGACCGAGUUGGGUACACAUCAGUCGCUUCGGGGAUCUGCACGUGCCCUAGCCACCGUUACUGCCAUUAUUGACGGCACUGGGUCAAUCGGAGCUGCUGUUGGUCCUCUAAUAGCUGGAACGGUCUCCGACUACGGUUGGGACAAUGUCUUUUAUAUGCUAAUGGUUGCGGAUGUCAUCGCUCUAGUCUUACUGUCUCGCCUGGUCAAACACGAAAUUGAGCGGUUCCGCGAGCGACGACGGGAGAUGCGCUUUAAGCGAGAGCGUAUGGCCUAACUUUUGUAGCCUAAGGGCAGACGGACAGAGGAGUCGUCCUCGACACUACUUGACGUUUGGCCUCGUUUAUUCAUCCUUUGUUUUAUAUCAAAAAAGAAAGUUCAUGAUUGGCUUUAUACCAUCAUUACCGAGAAAAAUAAUUAAGAAAAUAAUUAAUGUUUGUUCGCUAAGUGAACUUUUUCGGUGGAUCGGCUUGUUUUGAUCGGCUUUACAUUCCUUUCAUGCUCGG